AUGCCUGCCAUCCUGGAGGACCCCUCCUCCCGCAAUGUCCCACCUACAGCCCACACCACCGCUGCACCCUCGCUAACCCAGCGACACACGACUCUACCCAAGGCGUCGGGGGUGGGCAUGACUCUGUACCCCAUUGCAGCGGGCCCGGCAAGUCUUCCGUGGGAACUGGUCAAGUUUCUGCACGCUGAAUUCAGCGCUGAAAUCGAGCGUGGCAGUACAUAUCCCAUGGAGCAGCCGCUGGGGCUGGAGCAGUUUGCUGAUUACUGGUUUGGCACGUUUGCGGUCGUGGCUGUUCUUGAUGAAGAGGGUGAUUCUGCCCCUGGUGGCGGGCUGAAGGAGGGUCGGGAUUGGGCGAAGGUCUGUCUGGGGACAUUCUAUAUCAAGCCAAAUUACCCCGGCCGCUGCUCUCACAUCUGCAAUGCGGGGUUCCUUACUACCACCGCUGCGCGUGGCAAGGGGGUCGGGCAGCAAAUGGGCGAGGCCUAUCUGGAGUUCGCCCCGAAGCUGGGUUACAAGUACUCCGUCUUCAACCUGGUUUUCGCCAACAAUCCGGCUUCUAUCCGCAUCUGGGAGAGACUUGGAUUCAGCGUGAUCGGACGGGUUCCCAAGGCGGCGCGCCUCGCUAACAGCGAGGAGCUGGUAGACGCGUUGAUCUUCGGACGUGAAUUGGGGAAUUAG